UACCUUGUCUUUCAGUUAUAAAAUGCCCUUCAUAGACAUAGCGUUCCAGGCCGACGUGAGUAGGUACGAAGAUGCCGAGUUCGAGGAAUUCUCAAGAAGGAAUUGCGACGAGAAUCCCGAUACCAGGGACUCAGCUAUUGAAGAGCUGAGGCGGUUGCUUAAAGAAAAGGGGGCAUGUCGGCCGCGGCGGACGGACGACGCGUAUUUAUUGAGAUUUCUGAGGUGCCGAAGAUUUAUUCCCGCCUUGGCACAUAGAUUGAUGGUGCGCUACGAAGAUUUUCGCUCAAAAAACCCCGAGUUGUACGACUGCGACGCGUUCGGCCUCCAACGCGUCAAAGACGUGUUCUCCUGCACCUUCCCCGACAACCCUGACAAUGGCAGAAUCACCAUCAUGAGGCUGGGCAAGUGGGAUAUGGACAAUACCCCGGCAGAGGACCUAAUUCGCUGUGCGUUGCUGUUGGAUGAAAUAUGCGCUAUGCAGCCUAGGCUGCAGAUUCUUGGGGUCACCAUUGUUAUAGACCUGAAGGGACUCGGUCUUAGACAUAUGAGAUAUUUGAAUUUGAAGACAGCGGGUCAAUUCGCCAGCUUGUUGGGAGUGGCGUUCCCGCUCUUGCUCCAAGGCCUGCACAUUAUCAACUACAACUGGUUGUUCAACUAUAUACUUCCGAUGUUCAAACAGUUCAUACCACAAGCGGGUUGGGAGAGAAUACACUUCCAUUCAAAUUUAGAGUCUCUCCACAAACAUAUUCACCCUCAGUACCUGCCAGCGGAAUAUGGAGGACAUUGCAAAUAUCUAGUCACGUGUGAAGAGUGGCUUUCGAAAAUUGAAAAAUAUAAAGACGAUUUUAUGGUGGAAGAUUUAAGAGAUUUGGGGUAUCAGGUAAAGUAGGAAAUAAGAGAAGGAAGGAAAUAAAUAAGACUGAAAAUGCCAAUUUAUUUU